ACAACUGAAGCCAACAGUAACACGCGCAUUGUGUUAGAUUUCUCAUUUUUAACCCCGUCGAUGGAAUUCUUCAACGAUAAAAUGGAUAUUAACAUUUUGGAUCUACAUUUUGAUAUUUUAACACUUAUUUGUGAACAAAUUGAAACAUUCGAUGAUAAGAAAAACUUUGCAAGAACACAUCCAAGACUUUGGAACGUCUUUGCUUAUCAAUAUCGAAAAGAUAUUCAAAGUGUUAUAUACUUUGAAGAACUUGAAGAUGAUAUGAUAACUCAUUGGGAUUUUAUUUUGGAAUGGUGGGGCUUAAAUGUCACCUCAAUCUACAAUAGAUAUAAUUAUGUUAACUCGGGUGAUUUAUUAGAAAUUGCUGCAAAAUUCUGCCCCAAUUUGGAGUUUGUACAGUUCGUGAUCAAGGAAGACAAUAUUAAAAAAGUUGAAGAAAAUCUCCCAAAACUGAAAAUGCUUAAAGAUAUUCGAAUGAGAACUGAUUUUAUUUGUCUACGGAAGCAUAAUUAUAAACCGGUAACCCAUAUUGCUGACCUAAUUGAAUCAUUGCAAAGUUUAACAAAUCUACGUCAUCUUAACUUUGGUUCUCAUUCAUUAAAAAGAAAGGAGCGAAAGCAACUAAACAAAUUGAUUCAAUUAGAAGAAUUAAAAAUUGGUCCAAUUAAAGAAAGUCACGUUGACGAUCUCUCUACAUUACUUGGAUAUUUACGUGUAUUAAUGAUAGAAUACUAUCCGGAUACAAAGACAAUAAGUUGUUUGGCUAAGCAUUGUAUUAACCUGGAGAGGUUAAGCUUAAAAGACUAUGAAAAUAGAUCGCUUAGUCCAGGGUUUUCUACAAAGUGGAGAGUAGCAUAUUUUCCGAAAUUGACAUUUCUUCACGUAUUUAAAGAAAGCUGUCAAAAUCCUUUUCUCUCUUUGGAUGACCGUUACAAUGACCAGUUGCAAGUCUUAAACAUACCUUGUUUAACUAUGGGAGAAAAGGAAAUGGUUCGAAUUGCUAAUCUUCGAGCUCUCAAGGUACUCUUUUGUAUGGACAUACUACCAAGUUCUAUAGAUGUAAUAGUCAAAAUGCAAUUAGAGCAAAUACAUUUCUGGCAUUCGAAGAACUUAUUCAAAAUGGAUCUUUUGCGUUUGGUGAAAGGAUGUUCAUCAUUAAAAAGUUUAACAUGUGCUUGUCAUGGUAUCGAUAAUGAAUUUCUCUCUGAACUAUUGAAUAUAUUGAAGGCGAAAGGCUUUCAACCUGAUCAACCAUUUCAUCUCAAUACCGUAACUUACAUUGAAACUGAAGUCAAAAAGGAUUUAAUGACUCAGUUUACAUCUAUGCCGAAUUCAAAUCUAAUGCACCUUCAACUAGAUUAAUUGCUAAGUAUAAUGUUAAUAACAGUCUUGAGAAUGAAAUUGUAUUGACAGCAGAAUUAAAAUAUAACCGAACUUGAAUGUAGUACAUGUUCCCGAAAAUGUAUUGAAAUUGAAAUUAAAAUAUAAUAAAUAUCAAUAUAUACAUA